AUUUACUUUUGUAUGUUUAUAUGCAUGGGUGUUUGUGUGUGCCUGUAAAUACCUGAUAGCUGUGUAAGCAAAAGUUUAUGUGGGAAAAUUAGCUUUGUCAUAUCAUCGCUAUGUUUAUCAUUUCGACAUUAAAAUGCAGUGUCAGGAGAUCGCCGCUUUCAGUUGACGUGCGAAGCGUGAGGUGACUUUAACGGGUUAUCCAACUAAAAGUGAUGCUAAUUAUUUGGCACAGGCUAAACAGUUAAAGUAACAUUUUUUUAAUAUUUAAUUCGAGCAAGAAAUAGCUCACUGAUUGAGCUAAAAUAAGUGUGUGAUUUGUGAAGAGGCCGCAAAUAACAUAAAACUAAAAAAUAAUAAUUACGAAAAUUAAAAAAAAUAUAGAAAAUGGAUAAUCCAGCUUUUAUAAAGGACUUGGAAAGUGAUAUUGACAGCAAAAAGCAUGACAAAUCACAAGUGGUCUCACACACCUUCGAGGAAGCGCUGGAACUGACACAUGUCGGUCGUUUCCAUUAUACGUUAAUGCUAAUUUGCGGUAUUUGCUUCAUGGCAGUGAUGGCUGAAACGAUGGGCAUCAGUAUGGUAAUGCCUAUGAUAAAAUGCGAUCUGGCAGCGACACAAGCCGAACAGGGCUUACUCGCAUCGGCGGGUUACUUCGGCGUUGUGAUGAGUUCGCAUAUAAUGGGCUUUCUGGCGGACACAUGCGGUCGUGUACGAACGCUGCGCUACUCGUUAGUUUUAGCUGCCGCAGCGACAAUCAUCUCGGCCUUCUCCGUCAACACUUGGAUGUUGAUCGCAUUCCGUUUCCUGAAUGGCUUCUUCAUUUCGGGCUGUCAGGCAUGUGUCUUCAGCUUAUGCGGCGAGUAUCAUAGCAAUAGAACCCGUGUACGCCAUGUAACGCUCUUGUCGAUAUUUUUGCCAUUUGCGCUAAUAUUUUUACCUGCCUUGGCUAUUUUUAUUCUGCCAAUGAAACUGGAUUUCGUCAUAUUGGGCUUGAAAUUCGCUUCGUGGCGUGCCUUCUUUCUCGUCAACACAGUGUUAUCUAUUGCGGGCUUGAUAGGCCUUGCCACAUUAUCCGAAACACCGAAGUUCUUGUUGGUGCAUGGCAAUCACGAUGCCUCUCUAAAUAUACUGCGUCGUAUUUAUGCUAAAAAUACAGGCGAUAAAGCAGAUAAUUUUCCAGUGAAGAGUAUUGCUCUGCAGACAGGUGGCACUGAUCUGUCAAAUGUGCAUGGCGUUAAGGAUGCGCUGAAAAUUAUCUGGAUUCAGACAAUACCGCUAUUUUAUAAAGAACGCAUUUUGCAUACAUUUAAUAUAUGCUUUUCACUCUUUUCGGUUUACGGCAUAUCUCAGGGAUUGUUCAUGUGGUUCCCUACAGUGCUCAAUGAGCUAAUUGCCAAAAAUGGUCAAGAUCUCAAGGUAUGCACUGUAAUUGGUGGCAUGGAAAUGACAACAACGGCGGCGAGCAGUGACUGCAGCGACGUCUUGGACACUUUUAUGUUCGAAGUGCUGAUGAUGAUUGGUGUCUUUUUUACUGUUGUUUUUCUCAUAUUCGCCUACACCAUCGAUAUAGUAGGCAAGGUCAAUUUGUUAAUGAUUUGGCUGGUGGUUUCUUGCGUUUGUGCGACUGUCCUACAUUGGAUCUCGGAUUUUGCCGCCGCAGUGGUCGUUUUAACACUACUAAUGAGCAUUGGCAAUUGCGGUGGCAUCCUUGCCACCAUUUCGAUUGAGUUCUAUCCGACACAGAUCAAUGCUAUGGGUAUGUGUUUUGCCAUGAUGAUUGGACGUCUGGGUUCCGUGGCCAGUGGCAAUAUCUUUGGCAUGAUGAUAUUUAGCUAUUGCGACAUUUUAUUUUGGGCUAUAACGGCACAUAUUGUGGUGUUAGUCGCAUUAGCCACCGUAUUGCCGGAGCGGAAACGCGAGCGCGUGGUGAGCAAUAAUAUAGCAAAAUGAUGGGGUGAGAUUAAAUACAUAUCUGAGCUUUAACUACGUCCAUUUCCGCUGCAGUAUUAAUAAAAUAGUUGCGAUCAUAUUUUGAGCGGAAGUAUAACUUAAAACCAAAAGUUAAUCGAGAGAAUCACCGAAUUGUACAAAUCCUGAUAACUUUAGUUGAAAUAUGUUUCAAAUAGAAAUAUUUGUACAUACUCGUACAUGCAUAUGGAUAUAUAUAAAUAUGUAUUGAUAUAUGUAUAAUACCCAUAUACGAGUACAUAUAUAAAAAUCGCCCUUAGGACCGACAUGAUUAUGUUAAUGCCAGUGUCAUUGUUCCUAUUAUAUUUUAGUAUUAAUAAAGUUGUAGUUUUUCUUUUCAACUAUGUACAUACAAAUAAAUAUAGUUUUAAAAAUAUU